AUGGCUUCCAGUCACGCUCUGCCUCUGGGCUCACCCUGCUGUAACCUGAAGGAGAAUCUGCUGAAGGAUAACUGCCCCCUGGAUUUCAUCGAGUUCCCCAUCAGCGAGGCCACAAUCCUGGAGGCCAGGCCCCUCAGUGACAAGGGCUCUGGAGACAGCUCCCAGGUCACUCAAGUCAGUCCCCAGAGGAUUGCGCUCCGGCUACGGCCAGAUGAUUCGAAGAAUUUCUCCAUCCAAGUUCGGCAGGUGGAGGAUUACCCUGUGGACAUCUACUACUUAAUGGACCUGUCUUAUUCCAUGAAGGAUGAUCUGCGGAACAUCCAGAACCUGGGUACCAAGCUGGCUUCUCAGAUGCGUAAGCUCACCAGUAACCUGCAAAUUGGCUUCGGGGCCUUUGUGGACAAGCCCGUUUCACCAUACAUGUACAUCUCCCCACCAGAGGCCCUCAAAAACCCCUGCUAUGAUAUGAAGACCACCUGUUUGCCCAUGUUUGGCUACAAACAUGUGCUGACGCUAACUGACCAGGUGACCCGCUUCAAUGAGGAGGUGAAGAAGCAGAGUGUGUCAGGGAAUCGAGAUGCCCCGGAGGGUGGCUUUGAUGCCAUCAUGCAGGUUACCGUCUGUGAUGAGAAGAUUGGCUGGAGAAACGAUGCCUCCCACUUGCUGGUGUUUACCACAGAUGCCAAGACCCAUAUAGCACUGGAUGGAAGGCUGGCAGGCAUUGUCCAGCCCAAUGAUGGGCAGUGUCAUGUGGGCAGUGACAACCAUUACUCUGCCUCCACUACCAUGGAUUAUCCCUCCUUGGGGCUGAUGACUGAGAAGCUAUCCACGAAAAAUAUCAAUUUGAUCUUUGCAGUGACUGAAACUGUAGUCAAUCUCUACCAGAACUAUAGUGAGCUCAUCCCAGGGACAACAGUGGGUGUUCUGUCUACGGAUUCUAGCAAUGUCCUCCAGCUCAUUGUUGAUGCUUAUGGGAAAAUCUGCUCUAAAGUAGAGCUGGAAGUGCGUGACCUCCCUGAGGAGUUGUCCUUAUCCUUCAACGCCACCUGUCUCAACAACGAGGUCAUCCCAUGCCUUAAGUCUUGUGUUGGACUCAAGAUUGGAGACACGGUGAGCUUCAGCAUUGAGGCCAAGGUGCGUGGCUGCCCCCAGGAGAAGGAGAAGUCCUUCACCAUCAAGCCUGUGGGCUUCAAAGACAGCCUCACCGUCCAGGUCACCUUCGACUGUGACUGUGCCUGCCAGGCCCGGGCUGAGCCUCACAGCAGCCACUGCAACAACGGCAAUGUGACCUUUCAGUGUGGGGUGUGCCGCUGCGGGCCUGGCUGGCUGGGGUCCCAGUGCGAGUGCUCGGAGGAGGACUACCGCCCCUCCCAGCAGGACGAGUGCAGCCCCCGGGAGGGCCAGCCUGUCUGCAGCCAGCGGGGCGAGUGUCUCUGUGGCCAGUGCGUCUGCCACAGCAGUGACUUUGGCAAGAUCACGGGCAAGUACUGCGAGUGUGAUGACUUCUCCUGUGUCCGCUACAAGGGGGAGAUGUGCUCAGGCCAUGGCCAGUGCAGCUGUGGGGACUGCCUGUGUGACUCUGACUGGACCGGCUACUACUGCAACUGUACCACGCGCACGGACACCUGCAUGUCCAGCAACGGGCUGCUGUGCAGCGGGCGGGGCAAAUGCGAGUGCGGCAGCUGUGUCUGCAUCCAGCCAGUCUCCUACGGGGACACCUGUGAGAAGUGUCCCACCUGCCCUGAUGCCUGCACGUUUAAGAAGGAGUGUGUGGAGUGUAAGAAGUUUAACCGGGGAGCCCUAUACAAGGAAAAUACCUGCAGCCGUUACUGUCGUGAUGAGAUUGAGCUUGUGAAGGAGCUUAAGGACACUGGCAAGGAUGCUGUGAAUUGUACCUAUAAGAAUGAGGAUGACUGUGUGGUCAGAUUCCAGUACUAUGAAGACUCCAGUGGAAAGUCCAUCCUGUAUGUGGUAGAAGAGCCAGGAGGGAUCGUUGAUGUCCAUAAACUGGACACGGUUUUGCAAAACAUGGGAAUGAAACUUACAAAAUCGGAAAGUAAAGACUUGAUAAAGAACCUGCCUGUUGAUGGAGGAAUGGUUAAAGUCAAUAACCUAGACAGUGUUCUGGAAAACCUGGGGACUGAACUCACAGAAAAGGAACAAGAAGAUCUGAUAGAAAAUCUUCCACUUGAUGUUCAUGGGAACGUUGAUAAGUUGACGGAUGGAGUGAAAGCUCUUACAGCAGAUGGAAAGAUCUGUCAAAAUAGGCUGAUGGAUGGUAUGACGUCUCUCAGAGGAGGGACCGUUGAUGUCAAUAAACUGGAUACGGUUCUGGGAAACAUGGGCAUAAGCCUCACAGAAAAGGAGCUUAAAGAUCUGACACAAAAUCCGCCAGUGAAUGCUAAUGGAAAGAUUGUUCUCAAUAAGCUAAUGGAUGGAGUAAAAGCUAUUAUAGGGGAGGACAUUGAUAUCUGUGACACAGAAGAUAUUCUGGAAAACAUGGGGAUAGAAUUUACAGAUGAGGAACGCUUGGAGCUGUUAAAAAAGUUACCGGUUGAUGCUGAUGGAAAAAUCUAUCAGAACAGAUUGCUGGAAGGUAUAAAGACUCUUAGAGGAGGGGAAAUUGAUGUCAGUAAACUGGACACAGUUCUGGGAAGCAUGGGGAUGAACCUCACCGAAAAGGAACUUGAAGAUCUGACACAGAGCCUGCCAGUUGAUGGUGAAAAGAUUGAUAUCAACAACCUGGAAAAUGUGCUGAGUAAUAGGGGAACUGAACUUCCAGACACAGAAUAUACAGAGCUGGUGAAAACACUGCCAGUUAGUGGUAAGCCUAAAAAAUGCUGCUGGAACCUUCCUAACAACUAG